AUGGCUUCCCUCCGAGCAGCGGCGCGAUUGCGUCCAGCAGCCUCUCGUGUCACCAAUUCCACCCUUCAACCACGAUUCUAUGGCGCGGCGGGCGCGGCGGCAGCUGUCCAGAGCCCGCCUUCCUUCGGCGAGCAACCAUUCUUUCGAGGUGAGCCGGUGGGACCGAUUGUCAGGACUGCCAUUCCUGGCCCGAUAACCAAGAAGGCAAUUGAGGAUCUGGAUAAGGUGUUUGAUACCCGGAGCCUGAACAUGAUGGCCAACUACCAGAAGAGCUUUGGUAAUUACAUUGCUGAUCCGGACGGAAAUCUACUGUUGGAUGUCUACGCACAAAUCGCCUCCAUCCCCGUUGGCUAUGGCAACCCCUCUCUCCACCAAGCCAUCCUAACCGAACAAAUGGCUUCCGCCCUCAUCAACCGCCCAGCCCUCGGAAACUUCCCCUCCCACGACUGGGCCGACAUCCUACGAACCGGCAUCUUGAAGGUAGCACCGAAGGGUCUCGACCAGGUCUUCACCGCAAUGGCCGGCUCCGACGCCAACGAAACCGCCUACAAAGCAGCCUUCAUGUGGCGGCGCCAGUACGAGCGCGGAGGCGCCAAUGUCGAGUUCUCUGAAGAGGACAUCGCAUCCAGCAUGCUAAACCAGGCCCCCGGUGCCCCGCAACUCUCCAUCCUCUCCUUCAAGACCGCCUUCCAUGGCCGGCUGUUCGGCUCCCUGUCCACGACGCGCUCGAAGCCCAUCCACAAGCUCGACAUCCCUGCCUUUGAUUGGCCACAAGCUACAUUCCCGCUCCUCAAGUACCCACUUGAAGACUACGUCGAGGAGAACGCAAAGAUCGAGGCCGAGGCCCUCGCGGACGUCGAGCGGAUAAUCACCACUCAUCAUCUCCCACCCUGCGCGGUGGUCGUCGAACCGAUUCAAUCAGAAGGCGGCGAUAACCACGCCUCGCCCGCUUUCUUCCGCGGCCUCCGUGCCUUGACGAAGAAACAUAACGUCCUGAUGAUCGUGGACGAAGUGCAAACUGGUGUUGGCGCAACGGGCAAGUUCUGGGCACACGAGCACUGGAACCUCGAGACGCCGCCGGAUAUGGUUACCUUCUCCAAGAAAGCGCAGACCGCCGGAUAUUACUUUGGAAACCCUGAACUACGACCGAAUAAGCCGUAUCGCCAAUUCAACACAUGGAUGGGUGAUCCUGCUCGGGCUAUCCUCUUCCGUGCUAUCAUCGACGAAAUCGAACGUUUGGAUUUGGUCACGAACACGGCGAACGUGGGCGAGUACCUGUACGGUGGAAUUGAACAAUUGGCGAAGGAACACCCAGGCGAGAUUAUGAAUUUGAGGGGCAAGGGACAGGGGACCUUCAUUGCGUUCGAUAGCCCGAGACGAGACGAGUUCUUGAAGAAGGCGAAGAGCGUCGGUGUUAACAUUGGAGGGAGUGGUGAGAGGGCGGUGCGACUGCGACCAAUGUUAAUUUUCCAGAGGCACCAUGCGGAUAUUUUGUUAGAGGCGUUGGAGAAGAUCGUCAGGUCGUAG